AUGGUAUCUCCAGUAAAUGCUCCCGCGGCAAAGAGGCGCCGCACAACGUCCGGCCUCACCGCGCAACAGAUCCAGCACAAAAGGGAACUUGACCGUAAGGCACAGCGGGCCUUACGCGAUCGCACCAAAGCACGCAUUCAAGAAUUAGAGAACGACCUCGCUCGAAUUAAGGCAUCCCAUACUCCGAGCGACCAAGCCAUCUUAGAAGAGCUUCAGAGGCUACGGGAGGAGAAUCGGCAGCUGAAAGCAUGCCUGGAGAGCAUUGGCCAAUUUGCCGCUGAAGGGCUGGAGCAGGCGAAGGCGUCUCAACCCAUGUUAAGCACACCAAUGGAAGAUACAGUCGCAGAGCAAAGCCGAAAAAGACUCGCGGAAGGCCUUGGUCAAGAAAGAUUAUCCCCACUGGCGCUGGAUGCUCUUGAAGCACCGAGUCAGUCUACCCCUGACCGAGCCUUAUUCAGUGAAGGCAGAUCACCGAGGCGACCCUCGGAGCCCCAUGACUCAACCUUUUCGGUAGCUGAGGUGGUAGUGAUUGACACAAAUAACAAUACAAGAAGGGAUUCGUGCGUGACGCGCCCAGGGAUCGCAGGGGCAUUGACAACGGAUGCCAAUCAAGCAGCGGAUGAGGCCUGGGUCACCCCGAGAGAUGCCGGAAUCGGUUACCACUCAUCUUCGACGCCUCCAGAGCCCCAGCCCGGGAUUUCGAGAUCGAUUGCCUGUGCGGAGCCCAAGCACACUUCUGCAACAUGCCCCCUUGACCAGAUCCUUCUGGACUUCAUCCUCUCGCGCCGCUCAAUGAUUGCAAGGGGAGUCCCGUUAUACGAUGUGCUGGGUCCCCCGAAGCCAUCACCGGUUGCUCUGCUCAACCUCGAAUCUUCUUCGACGACACACCCGAUCAUUCGUCUCAUGACAGAGGUACUCGGCACCUUUCACCAUGUCCCAAUGCCUGAAAAAAUGGCAUUCAUGUACCUAAUGCACCUCACUACUCGGUGGCAAAUUUCCCCAAGCGAUGAAAGUUAUGUGCGGAUACCGAAGUGGCUGCGGCCAACGGCGAUGCAGAUCACGACUCCGCAUGCUGCGUGGAUCGAUAACAUUCCUUGGCCAGGCGCGAGGGACAUGCUUAUCGACCGCCCUGACCGCUACCCGUUUGCAGUCUUUUCGGAAUUCUAUUCUGCAAACGUAAGCGUGAACUGGCCGUACGAGGUUGAGGACGCAAUCUCCAAUCUGAAUGGCCAGGUAGUUCUGAAUUCUAUCUUCGAGAAGCAUAUCCUGCGACUAAAGAACUCGCUUAUCGUCAAAAUGCGUCCCACAAUGCGAGCCGCUCAGUACAAUACCCUUACCAACGAAGUUGAAGUCAACGAGGUUCCCAUUCCGGAGCCUGGGGAAUACGACAUUCUGAUCAAGAAUGUUUGCGCAACACUGUGUCACUCAGACUUGAUGUUGUUCUGGGGUCAUACUGCUGAAAAGCCCCCAACAGACAAGGUCACUCUUGGACAUGAAAACACCGGCAUUGUUGCUGCGAUGGGUAGUAAAGUGGAGGGUUUCAAGGUUGGCGAUCGCGUUGGAUGCCUUGGUUGCAGCUACGCGUGUUAUGAAUGUGAGGGCUGUCAGGUCCACAACCUCUUCUGCAAGGAGGGAACACAGCGUUUACACGGUUUCACUACCGAUGGCCACUUUGCAGAGUACUCGCUGGCCGAUUAUCGAAACUGCAUGGUUCUUCCUGAUCAAAUGGACAUGGUGACAGCCGCGCCGCUGUUUUGUGCUGGUGUGACAGCUUACCACUCGGUCAAGAAGUGCGGUUUGGCAAAAGGCGAAUGGCUCGCAAUCAUUGGAUGUGGAGGACUAGGUCACUUGGCAAUUCAAUAUGCAAAGGCAAUGGAACUCCGCGUCAUUGGGAUUGACAUUUCAGAGUCUCAGCUAGAAUCUGCGGCGCAGCUCGGCGCAGAUCUGGUUUUCAAUCCUGCAACUAACGCAAAUUACGUCACCGAGCUGAAGGAAAAGACUGGUGGUGCCCAUGCUUCAAUUGUCUUGAGUGCCUCGGACGCCGCUUAUAAGACCGCUCCUGAUGUAUUGAGAGUAAAUGGUCUCCUCAUGAUUGUGGGUAUCCCAAAGUCAAAUCUAUCCAUCAACGCACUUGAUAUCCUUCUCGGGAAGUAUCGAAUUAUGGGGGCCAGCAGUGGUACGCCGCAGCAGAUGAGGGAACCUAUUCAGUUCAGCCACAAGCAUGGGAUCAAAGCCCAUGUAACUACUUUCACCGAUAUCAUGGACAUACAUCAGGUCAUCGAAUCGAUGGAAUCUGGGGCGAAUGCCGGGCGAUUUGGCAUUGCUUUUUAA